GGGAUGUCAGGCUGUGCGCGGGAGCUGAUACAUUUUAUCAGCUGAGUUCUAGUAGAAUUUAUUUAUAUUUAUUUAGUGAGGAGCCAGCGGGAUGGGAGACGUGUGCACUGAGUCUGCAAAGGCAAUCAAAGCGAUUGACCGCAAGUCUGUACAUCAAAUCUGCUCUGGUCAAGUAGUUCUGAGUCUUUCUACGGCUGUGAAAGAGCUUUUAGAGAACAGUAUUGAUGCAGGAGCCACAAGUAUCGAAAUAAAGCUUAAAGAAUAUGGAGCUGACUUAAUAGAAGUCUCAGAUAACGGCUGCGGAGUAGAUGAACCCAAUUUUGAAGGCUUGACACUGAAGCACCACACUUCUAAGUUACAAGAUUUUUGUGACCUUGUUCAUGUGGAAACCUUUGGAUUUCGAGGGGAAGCCUUAAGUUCUCUGUGUGCGUUAAGUGAUAUUGCUAUUUUCACCUGCCAUAAAGAUGCUAAAGUUGGAACUCGUUUGGUGUUUGAUCACAAUGGAAAGAUUGUGCAGAAAUCUCCGUUCCCACGGCAACAAGGCACAACCGUCAGCGUGCAGCAGCUGUUUUACACCCUGCCGGUUCGACAUAAGGAGUUUCAGAGAAACAUUAAAAAGGAGUUUGCAAAAAUGGUGCAGGUGUUACAAGCUUAUUGCAUCAUUUCAACAGGGGUUCGAAUCGGCUGCACAAAUCAAGUUGGCCAAGGGAAGAGAAGCCCUGUGGUUUGCUCUAGCGGGAGCACGAGCAGCGUGAAAGAGAACAUAGGAGCUGUGUUUGGGCAGAAACAGUUGCAAAGUCUGAUUCCAUUUCUUCAGCUGCACCCAAGUGAAACAGUGUGUGAGGAAUAUGGACUGAACCAUACAGACGAUACGGUAUCACAUCAGUUUUAUAACAUUACAGGAUAUAUAUCCCGCUGUGACCACGGGGUGGGAAGGAGCUCUACAGACAGGCAGUUUUUUUUCAUUAACCAACGUCCGUGUGAUCCAGCAAAGGUUACUAAGCUUGUGAAUGAGGUAUAUCACACCUAUAACAGACACCAGUACCCGUUUGUUGUUCUGAAUAUCUGCGUCAAUUCUGAGUGUGUUGAUAUUAAUGUCACUCCAGACAAGAGACAAAUUUUACUGCAAGAAGAAAAGCUUUUGCUGGCUAUUCUAAAGACGUCCCUGAAUGCCAUGUAUGGCAGCGACGUCAACAAGUUAAACGUCAAUCAGACUGUAAUGGAUGCCGCUGGUAAUGUAAAGAAAGUAAAUUCAGAUAUCUCAGAGUCCCCUACUGCAGAACAUAAUGCAGUACCUGUAAAAGGGGAGAUUGCUCUCUUUAGGCUGAGAGAAGCUUUCUCUCUCCAUCAAAAGCCACAAACUAACAAUCCAAAUAACAAUUCUACUAAAUUACAAUCUCCCCCAGCCCAAAGGAAACUUCAGUCCUUUUUUAGUAGUGCUCCAAAGAUUAAAAAUUCUACUACCGAACGCUCCCUGGAUACAAAUAAUCUUAAGAAGGAAGCAGAGAAUGAGGAUCUCUGUGUCAAAGAAUUUGCACCAGAACGUGACACUGAUUCUGGGAAAGGAACAAGUAAUACCCUUGAUUUUGAGAGAGAAUAUAGAACCCCAGAAGUCCGUAGCCAUCAAAGUAGUGCGAGUUUAUCAAACUCACCAGAGAUACCAGAAAGGCUCGGAUGUAAAGACGAUGGUCUGGUUUCUGAGUAUAGUAUGACACAGUCAGAAGCCAUGUUGGAAUCUGCACAACAGGAUAUGACCGAUGAAGUGGGUAAAGUUUGGGCAAAGGAGUGUGAACUUGGGCCAGAUACCAAGAGGUUAAAAACUGAAGACAGCGCAGAGCCAAGAAGCAUUAGAAGAGAGGAGAAGUUACAUAUUGAUAGUAUAGAUGCGCCAGUAAAUAUAAUUAGAAGAACUGUACCGCUACACUUCUCUAUGUGUCAGCUGACCAAAAGAAUGAAGAGGUUGAAACUCAGGCAGCAAGAGAGAGAAGAUACUGAAAGGUACCGAAGGUUCAGGGCAAAAAUAAGCCCAGGCGAGAAUCAGGCGGCUGAAGCAGAGCUACAGAAAGAGAUCAGUAAGGAAAUGUUUGCAAAAAUGGACAUAAUAGGCCAAUUUAAUCUGGGAUUCAUAAUUACAAAGUUGGACUCAGACUUAUUUAUGAUUGAUCAGCAUGCAACGGACGAGAAAUACAACUUUGAAAUGUUACAACAAAACACAGUUUUACAAGGACAAAGACUUAUUGCGCCACAGAAACUGAAUUUAACAGCUGUUAAUGAGUGUGUACUGGUUGACAAUAUAGAGAUAUUCAAGAAAAAUGGAUUUGAUUUUGUUGUUGAUGAGACCGCCCCUGUUACAGAGAGAGUCAAGCUGAUUUCUUUGCCAACUAGCAAAAACUGGACCUUUGGCCAACAAGACAUAGAAGAGCUUAUCUUUAUGUUAAGUGACUCACCGGGCAUAAUGUGUAGGCCGUCCCGAGUACGGCAGAUGUUUGCUUCCAGAUCAUGCCGGAAGUCUGUAAUGAUCGGAACAGCCUUAAAUACAUCUGAAAUGAAGAAACUUGUGACACACAUGGGAGAAAUUGAGCAUCCAUGGAACUGCCCCCACGGACGACCAACAAUGCGGCAUAUUGCCAGUUUAGACAUGAUUUCUACGGAUUGAUGUUUCCUGCACUUUUCUAGGGUUACUUUUAUCAUCACAAUUACACUUCUGCUGGGGAGAUUUUUAUUGUGCAGGCUCUUUUUGUGCAUUAAUUAAACCAUUCCCAGUCUGUUAUGCAAUUCUUAAAUGCUUAAAAUAUUUUAGCUUGGUUUUACUUUUAAAUAAAUUCAGUGUUGUGGUGGGAAGCUGUGCCUUUUUUAGUGCCAGAAAUUUGGGUACACAUCUUAGGAAAUUAGUGUAUUUUUUAGUGUUCUGUAUAAGAUUUGUAAGAUAAAAAGUGCAAUUUUGUAAAUCAUAUUGAAAUAAAAAAAUAUUUUUUAACAUAAAAA